CUCAAAAAGGAUUCGAUCAAGGAUUUCUAAAUAUUAGGUUGAUCGCUGGUUUUACAUUAUGAUGGACUUUUGUGUCGUGUCGCUGGCAUACUUACUUACUUGGCCACCACCAGUGACGCCGCGCAAUCUAGGGGAAGGCUUCAGAGACCUGUAUCAUUAAAACUGCAAAGCAUUGAGAUAAUAAUAUUAGCACACUUGACUAUAUACCUCAAAAAGCUUGCAAUUCCAUCCAUCUAUCCCAUCACCACGGUUGUGAACGUCGGGGGUACCUAAUAGUAAUCCAUCUUCCCCGCAAUCUAGUAACCUCGGCGUUUAAGUACCGCGAUGCUCUACUUAAGUACCUAAGUUACCAUAUGAUAUCAACUUGGAUACCUCCAAACAUUACCAUAUAACCAACUCCCUCAAUUCAAACCAUACCACAAUGCCAGGCCUAUCACUCCACCUCCUCUCUCUCAACGCAAACACAAAUGCAAAGUCCUUCAUCAACACUCUCCGGAACUCCCCCGGAAUCCGCAUAAUCGUGGCAUCUCGUCCACGACACUUCGUAAUCCGCCCAACCACAAUAGACAGCACACCACUCACGACGCAGAAAUGGGAUCUACUCAUCCUACUAGAUUCUCCCAGCAAACGCAUCCCAGAACAUCUACAACCCGCCAUCCGCGACGAGUACCGCGUCUUCGUUGGCGUCCCGUCCAAAUUACUAGCGACCUAUCCUGAACGAGACGCGAAGUUGAAACGUGAUGCUUCCUCGAUCCCAUUAACGGGGUCUCUGGAUAAGGCGCAGGGAAAAGAGACGUCGCAGAAUCUAGAACUUUCUCCUGACCUGUUGGAUUUCAUGGAUCGUUUAUCCAGGGACUAUGAUGGGCCGGUGACAAUGCUUAAUCUGUUGCAUUUCGUCCCGGGUGGGAAGAAAAGUUAUUUCAAAUAUGGUCAGGCAUUCAUCCCCGUCGCUGGCAAACGCGGCGGAGACGCCAAGAUCGUAGGAAACGUGGUCAAGCCCCCUGCUGGCGUCAGUGAUUCGAGAGGAUAUUCCAAUCGUCCUGAAGAAGAGUGGUGGAAUGAAGUCUCCAUCGUGCAUUAUCCGUCCAUUAGACACUUCUGUGAUAUGUUGGCGGGAGAUGAUUAUCAGGCGAUUAAUGAGAAGUAUAGGUUGGCGGCACUGCGAGAUACGUUGCUUCUAUGUACGACGGAGCUUGAUGUGGAGGAAUCCAGAGCGGCCAAGUUGUAGUGGAAGAGUGGAGAUUUCUAUCUACUAUCAAGAACUGAACAUGCCACCAUCAUUCUUCAUGAUGAGACUCUUCGUCUCAUC